ACUUACACGGGCAUGUGGCGACAAGCACGUCCACAUGGCGAAGGCAGCAUGCAUUGCAUUGACGGUCGCAAGUACGACGGCCAAUUUCACAAUGGACUUUGCCACGGCUAUGCUACGCUUCAAAGCGGCCCGGCGGCAUCUCCAAUUGCCAUGGCUACUGGCAACUGGUCUCGCGGCUUGCUUCAUGGUCACGCCACUGUUCAGUAUCACAAUAACGACAAGUACUCGGGCGAAUGGCUGGGAGGUGAGCGCCAUGGCUUUGGCAUCAUUACGUUUUCGGACGGAAGCACCUACCACGGUGGCUGGCAACAUGAUCAGCGACAUGGCUAUGGAGUGUUUCGCGCGGUGGAGGAACGAUACGUAGGCAUGUGGCAGCAGGAACAACGGAGUGGACCAGGUUUGACAAAAAUCCUGCCCUCGCUUUCGUCUUGA